CCACCUACGAGCAAUACCAGAAGGCACAACAGUAUAAUGAAUUGUUUUUGGAUAAGAAACAUAUAUAACUUAUCAAACAGUCGAUACAAAUUGCAUGGAAGACGCAUCAGAGGUUUAGCUUACCAGAUUAAGUGAAGAAUCGCUAAAGCAGAGGCCGAUAUCACCAGAUCAUCUGAGCCAAUCGACCAACGCCGAUUAAAAACGACCAGACCAGGCAUUUUACAGUAACUUCCAGUGCCACUUUAGUUCCAAGUCCUUCACGGCAUAUUGAGUAUUCCACGCUAUCGGAACAAGUUGAAGAUUGACUCGAGCAUUUAAGAAUUUGAAGCUUUGCUGGUCGCCGCCAUUUCGUUGAUGACACAACCAAUCGAUUGGCAGCGCAGCUGGAACAGUCGUUGAGCAUUCCCAGUGGAUUUUUUCCAAUAGAGGUCAUUGACGAAAAACAAUAUCAUGUAGUCUAUAAUCUGUAAUUUAUUUCAUCAAUUUUGCAUAUUUUUGGAGUGGUGUUAUUAUUUUUAAAUUGUUUUGUUCUUUCUUUAUUUAUGUUUAUUGCGCACCUGUUUUUUGCUGCGGGCUUGCUUUUGGAGCGGAAGUAGUAAAAACAGACAAAAAGACCAAAAAUGAUUAUUGCUCAGAUUAUCAUUUCAUGACAGUAUGGAAUAACUGAAAUGAAACAACUUGCAUAAAACAUCUGGAUUGUACUUAACAGUUGUAGUUCUCAAAAUGCCAACAAGAUCAAGAUCUACCAGGCUUGUUUCCAACAGAUACAGGACACAUUACAUUAUUUUAUUUCUUAUUAUUUUGAUAUUCCUUCUGGUAACAGCUUUUGUUCAGUUUUGGCCAAACACAUUCACAGGGAAAGCAAGAGAAAGAAGAGACUUAAAUAGUCUUCACAAACUAGAAAGAAAUGCUCAAUCUGUGGUAAUUAAAUCAAAUGCCCCUCUGGCAAAAGAAAGAGACAGCGACUGCAUAUAUCACACCUGUUUUGACGUCUAUGGAUGUGGAGACAAUGAUGGAGACCACAGAAUCAAGGUGUAUAUUUCUCCUCUUACAAAAUAUGUUGAUGAAAAUGGAAUAUCAAUAACACUGCCUUUGUCACAAGAGUACUUUGAGAUUCUUGAAGCAAUAGUCGAGAGCGAAUACUUUACAUCUAGUCCCAAUGAUGCUUGCUUGAUUGUACCACCUAUUGAUUUAUUGAAUCAGAACAAACUAAGAGUGGAUGAAACAUCCCAAGUUUUAGCAUCAAUGCCAAGAUGGAAUGAGGGUAUCAACCAUUUACUGUUCAACAUGCUGCCAGGAAGUGUUCCCGAUUUUAAUACAGUAUUAGAUGUUAAACAUGACAAGGCAAUCAUUGCUGGGGGAGGUUUUUCUUCUUUUACAUACAGAAGAACAUAUGAUGUUUCAGUCCCAGUUUAUAACCCAUUGGUGUCUGAUAAAAAGAUGCCAAAGAAGUCAUAUCUGGAAAACAGAAGAUGGCUGGCAAUCUCUGCCCAAGCUGGAAUCAUACCAGACUAUCGUAAACAAUUAUCAGACAUGUCCAGACAGUAUCCUAGUGAUUUCAAGGUGCUUGAUAAGUGUAAAGUGUUUGAUGAUGGCACAUUCAACCAUACUGUUAGAUGUGAUGGAGAAAAGGAAUAUUCAUACCCUGAAAUUUUACAGGAAGCCACCUUCUGCACUGUGGUCCGUGGUGCUAGACUAGGCCAGACUGCACUCAGUGAUGCCUUGAUGGCAGGGUGUAUCCCUGUAGUCUUUGCAGAUACUUUUGUUAUGCCUUUUUCUGAAGUCUUGGACUGGAAAAGGGCAGCCUUGGUGCUUCGAGAAGAGCAACUGCCAACAAUGAUGUCCAUUUUGAAAAACAUAUCUUCUGAACGGAUUCGUAACAUGAGGAGACAGGUGCAGUUCCUGUGGCAGAACUAUUUCAGUUCCAUGAAGGUGAUAGCUCUGACCAGUCUGCAGAUUAUCAAUGACAGAGUGUUCCCAUAUGCAUCUAGAAAGUAUGAUGAAUGGAAUGAGUUGCCUGAAAAUAGAGGAUUGACUAGCCCACUCUUUUUCCCCAUGAUGCCUUCAAAAGCACAGGGAUUCACAGCUGUCAUCCUAACAUAUGACAGAAUUGAUUCUUUGUUUCAAGUUAUCAGACAAGUUGCCCAGUCACCAAGUUUAGCUAAAGUUCUUGUCAUAUGGAACAAUCAGAAAAAAUCACCACCGCCUGCUUCUAGUUGGCCUAAGAUUGGUCCUCCAUUGAAAGUAAUUCAAACCACACAGAACUUGCUCAGCAACAGGUUUUAUCCACAUGAAGAGAUUCAAACUGAAGCCAUCUUAGCACUAGACGACGACAUAGUCAUGCUGACAUCAGAUGAAUUGGAGUUUGGUUAUGAGGCUUCUAUUUUGCUGCUGACUCCUCCAACUCAAUCUGGAACCUCUACCGCCUAA